GCUCAUUAAGUAAACUCUGAUCUUAUUGUCACAUCAAAACCGAACACUGAAAUAUUCAUAGGGAAACAUUAUACAAAACUUUCUCAGAGAAACUAGUAGAGAACUUCAAUAGAAUGUCCGCUGAUGAAGAACAGUUUGAUAAUGUACUCCUUGCGCUGGCCAAAAGACAUCAUGGAGGGGUUCCUGCCUUUCUUCAGACAAUAGCGAGCUUCUUGCGGCGGAAAACCGACUUCUACACUGGCAACAAGAAGACUGAAUGGGAAGAAUUUGUACUCGAUGUUUUUCGAACGGAAUGCAAUAUGGCUCUGGCCGCCAAAGAGGCUGCCCAGCGACUAAAGGAGGAAAGACAGCUAGCCGAAUUUCAAGCCCGUCAAAAAGAGAGGAAUUUGUGCCAAAUUUCUGAUUAUUCCGACGUGGAAGCUGCUGAUAUUAUCAGGGAAGAGGAAGCCAAGAAACGUGUACAUUUGUUGGAGGCCGCUUAUGCUAGCGGUGAUUGUUCAGCUCGUGAUACAAUAUCGAAACCCAUUGAGAUGGUAGACGAUGACUCCGAGAGGUCUGAAUUGGGUAAAUUACAACCAAAUUUGGGGAACGGUUGUACUUUGGAGAAAUACAUGUGGACUCAGACUUUACAGGAUGUGGAACUCAAGGUUCAACUAAGAGUUACAUUUCCUUUGCGAUCCCGCCACAUUGUGGUCAAUAUUGGUCGCAAAUCCUUGACAGUGGGCCUCAGUGGUGAAGAGCCCAUUAUCGAUGGCGAAUUGUGUGCUGAAAUCAAACAAGAGGAAUCCGUUUGGGUAUUGCAAGAUAGUAAAACGAUUUUGAUAACAUUGGAGAAGAUCAAUAAGAUGACAUGGUGGAACCGCCUGGUCACCACAGAUCCCGAAAUAUCCACACGCAGAAUUAAUCCAGAUGUAUCGAAGUUUUCCGAUCUGAAUGAAGAGACGCGUAACUUGGUCGAGAAAAUGAUGUAUGAUCAGCGUCAAAGGGAAAUGGGCUUGCCAACCACUGAGGAUAUCAAAAAUCGAAAACUACUUGAACAAUUCAAGCGAGAUCAUCCCAAUAUGGACUUUUCCAACUACAAAAUUUAAUUAGUUUACAACAAUUGCUCUAUCUUCGCAAGUGUAUAUACAUAUAUGUUUAUCCAACCUUACAAUUUUUGAAUAGGUUCU